AUGACCGAGUCCACCGACGCCGGACGUCGCGACUCUGACCACCGUCCAGUUCUUCCCAGCUUCAAGACACGGUUCCACAAGAGAAACCGAGGAGUUCCUCUUCAACCGAAAAUCGACUUGGCAGGUUUGAAAGACGAUGAAUGCAGAACAAAAUUCCGCCAACGUGUGUCUAUUUGUGUUGGAGUACGGACCAGGAAGAAGCUUAGCGAUGCGGAUUCCUUCAUAAAGUGCAUCAAGGACGCUGCAAGGGAAACGCUCCCGGUUCUAUUGCCGCGAAAGAAGUUUGUCUUUGCAGAAACAGAAUCCACGUACGAUUUUGUAUGUGUCGCGCGCAGCGCUGGUGACUUCAACCAGGAAAAGCGUCUUAGAAGGAGGCUGCGUCGUCAACUGCAACAAGACCGCGAAAACGAGUGGACGUCAAGAGCGAUGGAGUUUGAGAAGGCGUGGGAGGACAGCAACCCGCGGAAAGCCUAUGCUCUAUUAAAACAAUAUUGCGGCAAAAUGAAAAGAUGUUCUCCUGUCCUCAACACUGUCAAUGGAGUUGCUGUCGGUGAAGCAACAAUUCCAAUUUGGAGAGAACACUUCAAGACCUUGCUGAACCGAUUAGCAUCGUCAGCUCUUGAACUCAAGCACGUUCAUACAUCGACAUAUGCGGUUAACGAGGAACCGCCGACCGAGUCGGAGGUUCUAGUCUGUAUUUAA